CAAUUGGCUGGAAUAAAAUCUGAGCCUAGCACAGGAAUCCAGAAAAGCAACUGAGACUGCAGAAAGAGCCCCAGAAAACAGCUGUAUCUCUUGAUCCAAACGUCUUUUCUCUCUCUCUUUUUUUUAAGCGGUUGUGUGUCUCCUCUUCGGACACUGAUUGAAUUUUGUUCCAUGCUUUGACCUACACAUAAAUUGAUCCUGCCUUUCAGAUGCUUGUCAGUGUUGGGGGUGUUUUUUUGUACCCUCGGAGUGAAAAACGGAGCCGCUCUCCAUGAGUCACCGAGCGGUGACGUUGAAGAGGCCAGGAUAUAAACAGCACGAUAAAAACCUUGCCAGGUGUCUGUUGGGCUCCCUAAGAUCAGAAGACACAAGACAAGAGGGAUGCCGUUCCUGUGGAGGGAAGAGAGACAGAGAGAGAGAGAGAGAGGAAGAAGAAGAAGGAGAACAGGUAAAUUAUAUCCAUUGCCUUCAACGGAACAGGUCAUCCUGAAAUAAUUUAGCCUCGUUGCUUUCCAUCCACCUCCGUUCAUUCUGGGAUGUUCUCCAGAAAGAAAAACUCCAUCUCAUGGCCCGUCUGCCCCAACGUAAUUACGCCGGACAAAAUCCCCACGUUCUUCAUCCCCCCCAACCUGGCCACUCUCCAGGGCCGGCGCUUGUGCAGAAGCGCCAGCCCGGAAUCCUGCCGUGCAACAGAUCCCAGUUCGGAGCAGCAGGGAAACCAAGACAGCGGACGACUCCACGGUGCCUCCUCCAUGCCCCAGCUCUCUAGCCCGAUGGGUGUGCCAUUCUUGCCGGAGAGCCCCCACACGCGGCGCCGGGAGUCUCUCUUCCACAGCGGCAGAGCGCCACGCCGAUGCCCUUUCGCCAAGCUCUACACUCCACCCACGAGACCGCUUCUGCACCACGGUUUAGCAGCGGAGAGUGACUCCCCAUCCUCCGCAGAGACGUCCCCAUACAGCUCCCCUCUGCUGGCACGCUCUCCGGGCAGCCCUCCAUCGUGCCAAGGCUACGGGCAACACCGGCGGUUGGCAAGCCGUUCGGCCAGCCUCAGCCCUGCGCCUCGGCCCAGCUCCUUGUCCCUGGAAGAGACCAGCUCCACGGACACCAGUCCCAGCUUCCCACGCCGGGGGAAGGAGCCCUCCUGGAAGGGGGGAGGUGGCACUACCACCGCCACCACCCCUCCACCCCUCUUACCAGCUUUCCCGUUGGACUUGAUCCGUUGCCGCGAGCGGAUCACCAAGGAGGUGAUGCUGACGGUGAGUCAAGGGGGUCGGCUGAGGCUCUCCAGCGAGUAUCUCCAGGCCCAAGGGUGCCUCCGCAUCCGUGUGGUGAGCGCUGAGGCCUUCUACCCCUCUCACUGCAACCCACGGCACAUUCACUGCUGCGUCUCCUUGUAUCUGCGGCCGGGGACGGGGCCUCGUCAGCGCAGCGCCAUCGUCAAGAAGAGCCGCAACCCCAUUUUCAAUGAGGAUUUUUUCUUUGAGGGAGUCUCCCCAGAGGAGCUGCCCAGACUGAGCUUGAGGAUCAAGGUACUCAACAAAGGUUCAGGGAUGCGGCGGGACGCCGUGCUGGGCGAAUGUGAUGUCCCACUUGAUUCUCUUCUACCCUGAAGGGCAAAAAAUGGAAAGUUGCUCAGUGGUCUUCUUGGUUGACAGGAAGAGGCAGGUUAAAAGGGUCUUUGGAUGACCUCCCACACCUGUCUGUCCUCGUUUUCUUGCUCCUGUUUGGGCCUGAGAGACCUACCACCAGAAGCUGGCUCAACGGUGCUUUAGAUGCAUCUGUGGAGCUACGGAAAGCCACCUCUUGUCUGUCUUUUCAGCUAUUUGCUCUCUAAGAAAACAUGAGUGGUUGCCAGCAGAGGGAGCUGUUGGGACGUCCUUGUCUGAUCUCUGGCGCCACCAGUGUUGCAGGCCAGAAGAUGGUACUGCAGCUUCCAUUUCAGCCAUUGCCAAGUGACAAAGGGAAAUGAUGGCUUUCCACCUGAUCCUUUCUUUAAAAAAAAACAGUUCUGAUCUGGCUGAUCCUUCCCAUACCAGCAACAUCUUCUGUCACAAACUGCCAAAAGGUAGAUGCCACAUAAAAGGCCUUCUCCUCCCUCCUUCUAAUAUCAAAUUCAAGGGCAAAUGCUGAGGUCCACAUCAUUGAACAAGAACCAUUAAGAAAUAAGAGGGACAUACGGUCAUGCUUGGGGGAGAACUCAAUACACACACACACAAUGGAGAGUAAACUAGGGGGUGAAUAAUCAGCAAUCACACCUCAGAGCAAUAGUAGAAUAACAUGCUGGCUACUUUAACAAUGGCUUAAAACAUCUAAUGGUUUGUCGCUCAGAAGUUAAAAUAGACUUACCUCCUUCUGAUUGUUCCAGAGGGCAGGAUUAGACCUAAAGGGUGGAAAGAGAUUUUGGCUAAUCAUGAAGAGAAAUGUCCUAAAACUAACAGCCUCAGAAGGUAACAGACCCUGCUUAACUUGAGGUCCUUAAGCAAAGUGUCGGUCACAGGAUGGGAACCCAGCAGUCGUACAAGUGCUGCUGAGCUCCCAGCAACUCCAAUCUGCCUCCUUAAUGAGAUUUUUUAAUCCAAGAACAUUCAAGGACCACCAGCUUCGUACCCUUGUUGUCGUUCCUGCAAUGAGCAGGAAGGAUGGACCGUAUGAUCUCUGAGGUUCCCACAGCUCUGUCGUUCUCUGACUCUGUGCUCUGUUUGAAAGAAAUUAUGUGCUGGAGGGAGGCAGUUCCUUCAAGAAAAGGGAGCACACGCCAACAUUUCACUGCCCUGCUGUCCAUCUCUCCCUUCCCCUCUUGGUUUCAAUAAA